AUGUCUUCCAACGCUACUCUCUCCACGCCUAACAAUGGCGCUCAGAUCAAGGCCUCCCGCACUCGCGGUGCCUCUCACAUUGACUUCAAAUCCGCCACCACCGGUGUAGCCGCCAAGGCUAUGCGCAACGAGCUCAACGGCCUCGUUGCUGGCAUCGAUGACCCUGCUGUCCGCAAGGCCUUCGAAGCUGAAAUGUCCAACUUUUUUAACCUCUUCAACCGAUACCUCUCCGAGAAGGCCAAGGGCCAGAAGCUCGUCUGGGACAAAAUCCAGCCCCCAUCCCCCAAGCAAAUUACCCCUUACGCCGAGCUCCGUAAGGCUACCGAUCCUUCUGUCCUCAACAAGCUUGCCGUUCUCAAGCUCAACGGUGGUCUCGGUACCACCAUGGGUUGCACUGGUCCCAAGUCCGUCAUCGAGGUUCGUGAUGGCAUGACCUUCCUCGAUCUUUCCGUCCGACAGAUCGAGCACCUCAACAGCAGCCACAACGUCAACGUUCCCUUCAUCCUCAUGAACUCGUUCAACACUGACGACGACACUGCCCGUGUCAUCCAGAAGUACGCCAACCACAACGUCGAAAUCCUCACCUUCAACCAGUCGCGAUACCCUCGUGUCAACAAGGAAUCUCUCCUCCCCUGCCCCCGCAACGCUACCGACAACAAGAACCUCUGGUAUCCUCCCGGUCAUGGCGACUUGUUCGAUGCCAUGAACAACUCUGGCUUGCUCGAUCGUUUGAUCGCUGCCGGCAAGGAGUACCUUUUCGUCUCCAACGUCGACAACUUGGGUGCCGAUGUCGACCUUAACAUCUACCAGCACAUGAUUGACACUCAGGCCGAGUUCAUCUCGGAGGUCACUGAUAAGACCAAAGCCGACGUUAAGGGUGGUACUUUGAUCGACUACGAAGGUACUAUUCGCUUGCUCGAGAUUGCUCAGGUUCCUUCCGAGCACGUCGAGGACUUCAAGUCGGUUAAGAAGUUCAAGAUCUUCAACACCAACAACCUUUGGCUUAACCUGCCUGCUGUUAAGCGCGUCUUGGACAACGAGGAAUUGGACUUGGAGAUCAUUGUCAACAACAAGGCUUUGGAGUCUGGCGAGGCUGUUAUUCAGCUCGAGACUGCCGUCGGUGCAGCUAUUAAGCACUUCCGUGGCGCUAAAGGUGUCAAUGUGCCACGAUCCCGUUUCUUGCCCGUCAAGUCCUGCUCUGAUUUGUUGUUGAUCACUUCGGACCUUUACUCGCUCGAGCAUGGCAAGUUGAUCAUGAACCCAGGAAGGAUGUUCUCCCAGACGCCCGUAGUCAAGCUGGGCGAUACAUUCAAGAAGGUCGCUCAGUUCCAGAAGAGGUUUAAGAGCAUUCCGGAGAUGAUCGAGUUGGAUCAUCUGACUGUUCAGGGUGAUGUGGUUUUCGGUAGAAACAUUACGCUUAGGGGUACCGUUAUCAUUGUUGCCAACGAUGGUAACAAGAUCGAGAUUCCCGAGGGUUCCGUGUUGGAGAACAAGUUGAUUUCUGGUAACUUGGCUAUUAUUGACCACUAG